AUGAAUCAAAAAAUCUGUCUCGUCACUGGCUGCUCCGCUGGAGGAGUCGGUCCCGCCCUUGUCGAAGCCUUCAAAAACAAAGGCUAUCACGUCUUCGCGACAGCACGCUCGCCAAAGAAAGUCCCACAGGCGCUGCACUCCGACCCAAAUAUCACAGUGUUAGCACUUGACGUUACGUCGACCGACUCCAUCACUGCAGCAGCCGCAGCAGUCUCUGAAAAGACGGGAGGCAAACUCGAUGUCCUGAUCAACAACGCUGGCCACGGCCUCAGCAUGCCCGCGCUGGACACAUCCAUCGAAGACGCCAAGCAACUCUUCAACGCGAAUUUCUUCGGCGUUCUUGAAAUGGUUCAAGCAUUCAGCCACAUGCUCAUCAAAUCCAAGGGCGUGAUAGUCAACAACUCUUCCGUGGGCGCAUAUCAGCCCUUCCCCUUUAUCAGUGCGUUUCCCAACACCAUCCUCAAGCAAACUGCUUUGGCUGACUACAUCCAGCCAUCUACCAAGCCUCAAAAGCCGCCCUCAUCACCGCUGGCGAAGGCUGGCGUCUCGAACUCGCGCCCCUGGGAGUCCGUGUCAUCACGCUGGUCACAGGCGGUAUAG